AUGCCUAGGAAAAUCAAAGUGAAGCUAUACAGCACUAUAAUACGACCUGUGUUCCUAUAUGGGGCAAUGGGAAAGAAGGAGGAGAGGAUACUGGAAGCGACGGAAAUGAGGAUGUUGAGAAGAAUCAAAGGCGUGACGCUGAGAGAAAGGGAAAGAAGUACUGACGUCAAGAGAGAAUUGGGAGUGAGUGACAUCAACGAGAAGGUCAAGGAGAUAAGAAUGAGAUGGUACGGACAUGUGAAGAGGAGAGAAGAAGGACAUGCAGCAAAAGUGGCAAUGGAAAGUAAAGUACCAGGAAGAAGGCCGAGAGGAAAACCAAGGAAGAGAUGGAGAGAUAACGUGAAGGAGGAUAUGAGCCACUUCAGCGUGCCCUGGAAAGUCUCUCUGACUUGGAGACGGAAAACCCGGGCGGGUGACCCUGCAAGGCCGGACCAAAAGCCGUAA